UUAGAGUAGGAGCUGAGACAUCCUUUGCUUGAGCCCAGUCCUCGUCGGAGCCCUUAGAGGCACAGCAUCCCAAUCCCAGCAUGGCAAAGAGAACAGGAGGGACUUUGGGGACCCCUUUCUUGCUUUCCUUGCAGCAGGGAUGAAAUCUGGGGCAGCUGGCUCAGUAGAGCAUCCCAGACCACGUACCCACCCUGCCCCGGCUCUGUCCCUUCUAAGGCUCUCCCAGGCCACAUCCAGUUCCACCCAUGGCUCCUCCAGUGUUUGCUAAUGGCAAGGACACACAGAACACCCUGUUGGACAUCCCCUGCGGUGGCUUUCCCUGCUGAGCCUUCUCUCCCAUCACUGUCUCAGCUCAUCGCUCCCUUUGGUCCCUCCCAGAGGGCUUUGCAGACUGCUCCAGGGAGGGGUGCAUGGGGGACACCAUCACAAGGAACAUGGAAAGGCUGUCCCAUGGCAUCAUCCCCCUUGUCGCAUGGUGCUUCAUCACCUUCCAGGCGGCUGCCUGCCUGCAGGCACAGCCUGGCAGCCACGCCGAGGAGCGCCUCUUCAAGCACCUCUUCACUGGCUACAACCGUUGGUCACGGCCAGUGCCCAACACCUCCGAUGUGGUCAUCGUGAGGUUUGGACUCUCCAUUGCUCAGCUGAUCGACGUGGAUGAGAAGAACCAGAUGAUGACCACGAAUGUCUGGCUGAAACAGGAGUGGAGCGACUACAAGCUGCGCUGGGACCCAGCAGAGUUUGACAAUGUCACAUCUAUCCGAGUGCCCUCUGAGAUGAUCUGGAUCCCUGACCUCGUGCUCUACAACAAUGCUGAUGGGGAGUUCGCCGUGACCCACAUGACGAAGGCCCACCUCUUCUCCAAUGGGAGGGUGAAGUGGGUGCCACCUGCCAUCUACAAGAGCUCAUGCAGCAUUGACGUCACCUUCUUCCCCUUUGACCAGCAGAACUGUAAGAUGAAGUUUGGCUCCUGGACCUAUGAUAAGGCCAAUAUCGACCUGGAGAACAUGGAGCACCAUGUGGACCUCAAGGAUUACUGGGAGAGUGGCGAGUGGGCCAUCAUAAAUGCCAUUGGCACCUAUAAUUCCAAGAAGUAUGACUGCUGCACUGAAAUCUACCCUGACAUCACCUUUUACUUUGUCAUUCGCCGUCUUCCGCUCUUCUACACCAUCAAUCUCAUUAUACCUUGCCUGCUGAUCUCCUGCCUGACUGUGCUCGUCUUCUACCUGCCUUCUGACUGCGGGGAGAAGAUCACCCUGUGCAUCUCUGUCCUGCUGUCCCUCACUGUCUUCCUAUUGCUCAUCACAGAAAUCAUCCCGUCCACCUCACUGGUCAUCCCUCUCAUCGGCGAGUACCUCCUCUUCACCAUGAUCUUUGUCACACUUUCCAUCAUCAUCACUGUCUUUGUCCUCAAUGUCCACCACCGCUCCCCCAGCACCCACACAAUGCCUCAGUGGGUGCGCAGCUUCUUUCUUGGCUUCAUCCCUCGCUGGCUUUUCAUGAAGAGACCACCGGUGCUGCCUCCUCCUGAGGGGACCACGGGGCAGUAUGACCUCCCAGGGACAAGGCUCAGCACCUCCCAGUGUUGGCUGGAGACUGACGUAGAUGACAAGUGGGAGGAGGAGGAGGAGGAAGAAGAAGAGGAGGAGGAGGAAGAGGAGGAGAAGACAUACCCCAGCCACAUGUCCCAGGCAGGCACCCAUGGCCAGGACACCCAGUGCCGUUACGGCUGCAGGCGCCAAGCUAGGAAGACAUCGGCAGGUUCAGCCCCUCGGGUGCCCCCCAAGGGGGAGGAGGAGGAGGCGAUGGGCUCAGACCGGGGGCUGAUGCUGUCGCCCAGCAUCCUGAAGGCCCUUGAAGGGGUGCAGUACAUUGCGGACCACCUGCGAGCUGAGGAUGCUGACUUCUCGGUAAAGGAGGACUGGAAGUACGUGGCCAUGGUGAUCGACCGCAUCUUCCUCUGGAUGUUCAUCAUUGUCUGCCUGCUGGGCACCGUGGGGCUCUUCCUCCCACCUUACCUGGCGGGGAUGAUCUAGGGGCUGGGACAGUGGGUGAUGCAUGCUCCCUCCUCCUAGGGAGCGAGCACGCUGGUACCCACGUCCAGCCAGACCUUCACCUCUUUCCAGGAGGACACAGUUGCAACCAUGAAGGACCCUUGGGUGGGAAAUGGAGGGUGAAGCAACAGCUGUGCUGAGGGGAGACCUAGGACUAGCGGGGAAGAACCAUUGCAUGCCAUCCUGGCUAGGGUGGUCACAGCCAUCCUGGCAUCAAGAAAGGUGCAGUGCAGCCUCUCCACUGCCUAAGCACAGGGUUGAAGCAUCUAGAAUCAUCUGUACCCUUGAGCUGCUACAAGUCCUCCUGAAAACCCAAGACCUAUGUCUGGUUGUCACUCCAACGUGCUGGGUGAGAAGAGGGAACUUCAAAACCACUUUAGGACAAAUCUGGAUGUCACAGUGCUCAGGACCACAGGCUGGUGCGGUCACACAUGUUGUGAAGUAGGUGAUAAUGCUUUGGAUGGUCCCUGCAGAAGGGGUAUGGUCACCGGAUGGAGACCCCUACUUGGUUGCACAGCUCAGGGGCCUAUGCUCUGUAAAGCCCUGCCCAGGUGCAGAUAUUCUGUAACCUGCCAGCAUAAGCAGUUGCUUCAACACUGGAGCUUGAGGUGUCAGAGAGAUGGAAGCAGCCAAAUCGGAAAGUUUAGAAGGGAAAAGCCACCUGUGGAGCAGGAUAACCCACCCAACCAUGGUCAGAUGGCAUCCAUGGACCACAGGAGCUCAGGGGUGCUGGUGGACUCAGCUGGUGCAGGAGGAGCCUGCAUUGCCGAGGUCCAUCUAGAGCAACUCCUCCUCUCUAUCCUAUGUCAGAUCCCAAACCAUCUGGCUCUGAUUGCUGCAAUCCAGCUUUUUAUUGCUAGCUUCAUAUACCCUAAAGGACUCAAGCUUAUAGAGCGUCUGCUCUCUUAUUCCAUGCCCUGAGAGACACUAGGUUCUUCCUGCAGUGAUUUCUCCUCUGGGAUAGUGACCCAUCACGACACCGAGGGGUUUCAGAAAACAUUUUGUGCUUUUGAGAGUGAAACAGGCUGGAAUAAACGGUGCUGGGGAGGGAUGUGCACAUCCUGAUGGUGCUACAGCCACUCAUGCAGUGCUGGCUGAGGCGUGCACACAUGGGGCUGAGAAAUGAGAUGGGCGAGGGAAGGAGUGCCCAGAUGGGUCUGGAUGGAUGCAUUCAUGGGUACAGGUGUGUCUCUCUAAGCUGGCACACAUAGGCUGUAGGGCUCUACAGAGCCAGGAAUGCAUGCGUGGAGAGAGUUCUCCUGUGAGAAUAAGGCCUGGUGGAAAAGGACCUGGAGGAGCUGGUUGAUAGCAGCUGAACAUGAGCCAGCAGUGGCCCAGGUGGGCAAGAAGGGCAACAGCAUCCUGGUGUGGAUCAGCCAUGGGGUGGCCAGCAGGAGUACGUAAGAGAUCGUCCCCCUACACUCGGCACUGGUGAGGCCGCACCUCGAAUCCUGGGUUCAGUUUUGGGUCCAUCACUCCAUGAAGGUCUUGAGGGGCUGGAAUACAUCCACAGAAGGAAAACAGAGCUGGGGACGGGUCUGGAGAACAAGUGUUAUGAGAGGCAGCUGAGGGCCCUGGGGCAGUUUAGCUUAGAGAAGAGGAGGCUGAGGGAAGAUCUCAUCACUCUCUGCAGCUCCCAGAAAGGAGGUUGGAGUCAGGUGUGUGCUGGUGUCUUCUCCCUAGUAACAAGUGCUAGGAUGAGAGGAAAUGGCCUCAAGUUGUGCCACGGAAGACUUAGAUUGGCUAUUAGGAGAAAACCCUUGCAGGAAAGGGUUGUCAAACACUGGCAGAGGCUGCCCAGGACAAUGGUGGAGUCCCUGUCUCUGGAGGGAUUAAAAAACUGUGUGGCCAUGUUGGUGUUGUGUUGACAGUUGGAGUGGAUGAUCUUAGAGGUCUUUUCAAACCUUACUGACUUUAUGAUUCCAUGAUUGUGUUUCCUUAUGGUCUUUGAAAUGCAAAGGUCUGCACAUACCCUUACCGGCCAGUGUGGAAGUGGGAGCAGGGAGAGUCCAGGAAAUUGGGGUGGGAGCAAGGGGGAGUCCAGGACCUUCGUAUGGACUGUGGGCUCAGUGGGAGUGAAAUGGAG